AUGCGACGCGGACCCGAGUGCACGGCGUAUGUCUCCAAGUUCAAGCAGAAGCACGGCGAGGACGCCAAUCCAGAGGCCGAGGACUUUGACCCUGAGGUCGCGGUGCUUGCGGGAGAAGGCUUGAAGCAUGGCCGCCUAUGGUUUGGUGACGGGUGCGUCGACCCAGCGAGGGUUCCCUCUCUCCGCCGGAUCCGUCGUGGUCGUAAGAGCGGCCAGCCUGAGGUAGAGCCCCGGCCACGGGCUUCGGAUCUAGCUGUCGAGCGGUUACGGGAGGAGAUGGCAGCGAAGGAGCAGGCGGCCCAGGAGCAAAGGGCGCAGAUGGAGCAGCAGAUUCUCGCAGCACUCAGCGAGCAGCAGACACGGAUGAUGCAGCGAGAUGCAACAACAGCGAGCAGAUGA